ACCAAGAGUGGUGUCUUCAGUUCUGACGUGAAAGUCAAGAUUGAUGUUGUAUCCAAACUACUCUGGGAUUCUUCCAAGAAUCAGAUAUUCAUCAUUGAAGCUUCAAGGAUCUUUAUCAACGAUAUUCAAGUCAAACAGCAGAAGAGUGUGGCUGGACCAGAUGAGAACAACAUGCAAUCUGUGGUCUGGACAAUUUUGAUUGAUGUGAUCCGUCACUGCAUCCGAUUGGUGGCUGACAUCCUUAAUGUGUCACUUCUGAGUACACUGGCUUCUGCAGUUCCUGUUGGAACAUUUGGGACCAUCCAUUAUCAUCUAAUAGGUUCCCCUAAAGUAAACGAUAGGUAUUUCCUGAUUCCUUAUCAGGCAAGUAUUAUUUUUGGCUUUGGAGAACAGGUUGCGUUAUGAAAUUCUGACUAAUCCCCAUAUCUAUAACCUCUUUUCUUGCCUCGUGAUUGUGGCAAUGGAAGUCAGGCGUAGAUGUAGUUGUGGUAUGGCUUUCUGCUGCUGCUCCUGUUUUAUUUCUCAAGACCUGCCUUUAUAAGAAGAAGCACAUGACACAGCUCUCUUGGGAAGGUACCAUUUCAGGAUAUGUGGGGGGAGCGGAAUUGCAUGACCCAACACCAGAAAUUCCUAACACAAAGAAAACUAGUAGGUUGAGGGGAAAGGUAAACAAGAGGGAGAGAAUGUGUGUGUGUAUUGGGUGAGAGGAUAAUCAGCCCAGCCUUAGGCAAAACUCCCCACCUGGGUCCAUGGCCUUAAGUCUAAUGACAUCUGUAGGACUAAAGAGCGCAGAACUUGACUGAGGGUUAGAGUGUUGGUUUUAUUUCUGUAGUUCUGUAUUUUCCUUACCCAUCCUUCUCCACAAGAUCCCAGGGUGGGAUAAAGCAAGAAAAUAUACAAUCAAAACACAAAUGAAACAGUUGUGAUCUUAAAACAUUUAAAGAUAAUUCCACGUGUAAAAAUAGUUCCAAUACAGAUGGGGAUUGGGACAAGAUCUCCACUUAAAAGUCUUCCCAAAAGAGGAAGGUCUUCAUUAGGUCCCCAAAUGAUAACAGAUGGGGUCUGUCUAAUAUGUAACAGGAGGGGAAACCAGCAUGCUGAAGUCCUGAUUCCUGCAGAAUCCUGAAGUUAUCUGCAGGAGACCCUCUUCUGCAGAGCGCAGUGGUUGGUUGUGGAUAAGAGGAUAAACUGGGUUUUUGAUAUACAAGAUUCUCAAACCAGCAAGCAGAGUUCCUGCAAACAAUUGGGAAGGAACCUUUAGGUUGACUUACUCUCUUUAAAGGAUUAACAAAGAUGUCCUGCAUUUCCCCCUUGGAUCUCCCACCAGGCUACAUUUCAGGUUUCUCUGCCGGGAAGCCCACCCAGCACCACACUUUUCCAAGCAACUCCACAGUCUGGCACCAACUUCCACUUGACUCUGAGCAAGGAUUUCAUCAGCAUUGGGAUUGCUGCCCUGACUGGAGGCUGCAGUGCCAACCUUACCAAAGGAGCAGGGAAACAACUCAUGACAACUGACUUGGCAAGUGCAAUUACAAAGAUUUCUGAGCGCUUCCCUGCUCCUCAACCUUUGGUGGUAAAGAUAAGAGGCUCAAAUUUUCCACUCAUUUCCAUAGACAGCCAGAGUGUUGUGGUGAAACAGCCUCUUGUCUCUGAUGUGUUUGUACGUGGUCAGUCUGUCCUGCAGUGGGAAGUUGUCAUCAUCUUCAAUGCAAAGCUCUCAGCUUCUAAUGGCAAACUGUUAAUCUCUUUGUCACAAAAGAGCUUUGAUGGUGUUCAGGCAUCCUCAUCUGUUGGUUCUACCAAUGCCCAGAAGCUCCAUGAGUACAUCAACAACCUUCAUACAAACAGCUUCCUACCAGCCAUGAAUGGCAUGCUCAGGAGAGGAAUUACCUUGCCUUCCAUGCUCAAUGUCAAGUGGACCAAAGUCAACACUGUCCUUUUCCAGGAUGGUCUAGUGAUUUCAAUGUGACCAAUCAAAUCAGCAGCACCUUGAAGAGGCAGAAUGUUAAAAGAGUUCAUCAAAUGUUCACUUCAAACUGACUGGAUUAUACGUUCUAAUGCUCUGGGAUUUAUCAUAUUUCAGCUGCCAAACUUCUGGGUGAUGGCUGUUAAUUCAGUUUGUUGUAGGUAUCACAUUUCUUGUAUAUCCUGUAAUAAAGGGCUCACAUGACCCUC